UUGUUCCAGGGUGCCAAGAUGGCCGCGCUCAGCUUUUGACUACAGGGAAGAAGGACCGGGGUAAACUGAGGCCUGAGAAGCUGGGUUUUGCCGAACUGAAGAGCGGUAGCUGACUGUCUCGAAGGGAAGACCACCCGAUGCCGUCUCUAUUUGGCUGCCGAAGCUUUCGGUUUUAGGAAGAAGGGCGAUGAGGUGACGGGAAGAUGGCGAGUGACGCGGGCAGGAAGCAAUUCUGGAAACGGAAUGUUUCCCGGGUGCCGGGCAGCAUUCAGCACGUGUAUGGCGCUCAACAUCCUCCUUUUGAUCCGUUGUUGCAUGGAACCUUAAAACCAGGAUCCAAGCCACCGACUACUCCGGUGAAACAUAAGAAAGUUAGCACCUUCCAGGAGUUUGAGAGCAACACCAGCGAUGCUUGGGAUGUUGGAGAUGACGAUGAUGAACUCUUGGCUAUGGCUGCAGAAAGCCUCAACACUGAUGUGGUCAUGGAAACGGCUCACCGUGUGAUACGGAAUCACAGCAAGUUACAGGAGCAGCACAGGCUGCAGGAGGGGCAGGUGGUGGAGAAGGAGCAGCCACCUCAGCUCCCGGACCUGCCUCCAGCUCUUUGUGGCGACAGCAGGCUGGUCAAGUCUGUCAGUGACAGCAAUGCAUCGAGUUUUGCAGAUAGUUCUAGUGAAAAUGUUUCCAUGCCAAGAUCUCAGUCACUUCCACAGUCCUCAACAGUCACUCUGGCGGGGAGAGCUGUGGACCAUAAUACCUCAGGUGGUCUUGUACUGUCUGAAAGAGAGGCGUCACGAUUGGAUAAAUUCAGGCAACUCCUGGCUGGCCCAAACACCAACCUUGAAGAACUACGAAAAUUGAGUUGGUCAGGAAUUCCAAAACCAGUCCGGGCAAUGACAUGGAAACUCCUUUCAGGUUACCUCCCUGCCAAUGUAGAUCGGAGAGAAGGCACUUUACAAAGAAAGCGGAAAGAGUAUUUUGCAUUUGUUGAACAAUAUUACGACUCAAGAAAUGAAGAAACUCAUCAGGAUACAUAUAGACAGAUUCAUAUAGAUAUUCCUCGAAUGAGCCCAGAGGCUUUAAUUCUUCAGCCCAAAGUAACAGAGAUCUUUGAAAGAAUUUUGUUUAUCUGGGCAAUACGUCAUCCUGCCAGUGGAUAUGUUCAGGGUAUUAAUGAUCUGGUUACUCCUUUCUUUGUUGUCUUCACUUGUGAAUACGCAGAAGAAGAAGUGGAAAAUUUUGAUGUUUCCAGUCUGCCUGCCGAAGCACUGCAGAACAUUGAAGCUGACAGUUUCUGGUGCAUGAACAAACUGCUUGAUGGCAUUCAGGACAACUAUACUUUUGCUCAGCCUGGUAUUCAGAAGAAAGUGAAAAUGCUGGAAGAACUCGUUAGCCGUAUUGAUGAGCCAGUACACAGACACUUGGAACAACAUGAAGUAAAAUACCUUCAGUUUGCUUUCCGUUGGAUGAAUAACUUGUUGAUGAGAGAAGUUCCCUUGCAGUGCACCAUACGGCUCUGGGACACGUACCAGUCUGAACCAGAGGGGUUUUCUCACUUCCAUUUAUAUGUUUGUGCUGCCUUCCUUGUCAGAUGGAAGAGGGAGAUCCUGGAGGAAAAGGACUUCCAAGAACUCCUAAUGUUUUUACAGAACUUGCCCACGAUGCACUGGGGAAAUGAAGAUAUCAGUGUUCUUCUUGCAGAGGCCUACAGGCUGAAGUUUGCAUUUGCAGAUGCCCCCAAUCAUUACAAAAGAUGAAAGACCCGGAAACCACACACACAGAUUAUCUUGCUUGUUGUGGCAUGGGAUCCUUUUCUCAUUAUCUGAUUGUGCUAACAUGAAUACGCACCUGUGUAUUUAAAUAAAAUAUUUAUAGAUCAAUGAAAAACUAGGCAAUGAGUGGAUUACCAAAGAAGUGGACAAACCAAGCAAUUAAGAAGCAUGAGGUUGACCUCAGACUGGACGUUCUUGGUCAGUGUGGACAGGAAUGAUAGGUUUGCAUUCAGUUUUGGUUUCGUUCAGCUCUCUGUUUCCUUUGGUAAUUCUUUGAAUGAAGAAAGUAUUUUCUGUUCAUUGGUAUCUAAUGAUUCUUCUGUCUCAAUGAGCCUUGUUUCCUUGUCCAUUAUAUUCAUUAUUGUGACAGAAAUAUUGCUGGACUCUGAUGACCUUGUCAGCUAAUAAAAAGUAUACAGUCUUACAUAGAAAAUGAGGCUGGGGCAUGCCAGGCAGAAAGGCAAGGUGUGCUUUAUUUUAUUUUGAGAAGCAAAAAUAUUUAAAUUCCUUUGAUGUGAACUCUGUUGUGGUGAAGCCAAGUAGCACAGAUUUUGUAACGCAACAUGUAGAAUUGGGAAAAAAUGUACCUUGGUAACAUUCAGAGGGGAUAGCCCUGGUGUAACACAGAGUAGUGCAAAUAUUGUUUAAUAAGUUAUUUCACUUUAGAGUUGUUAAAACAUACUGAUUAAAAUAAGAAUUGAUUCCUCCCUGAAUUGACCUGAUAAUUGGAAUGGGUUAAACGAUUCAAAUAAUUUUUAGGAUGUAGGCCUGUUAUCUUGAGGCAUAAUCAGAGUCCUGGUUUACAGUUAAAAAUAUAUUGAAAUAUGUUUUGCCUUAUUUUGAGUGUCUGGCAUGUUGGGAAAGCUUGACUGUAUCUGCAUCUUAUUCUUAGUUUCUAUCUUCAGACAUAAACUGCAUAUGGAGGAGAAACAAAGAACCAGUUCCCAAGUGGAUUGGAUUUGUAGAUCAUUCAUUUUAGUUUACAGCCAAGAUGCUCUGCUCUCCCUCAUAAUCACUGAGCUAAAGAACACUGGUGGGAGUUAGAACAUUAUACUGUUAAAGUCUCUCCAUUUCCCUCCACAUUAGUAUGGCUGGCUGAUUAGUCAGCAGCCUCAGCUACUAUAGAUGAUAGUUUAUCUGGUACUUACCAGAUCAACUAAUCAAAACUAUAUAUUUGAUUCUUUAAAAAGUGUAAUCCAGUAAGUGUGUUAGUGCACAUUAAUAUGAGCUAUAUGUGAAGGUCACAUGGAGAGGGGCUAAUUUAUCUGCUUCAACGUUUUGUGCUAAUGUAAAUUAAGAGGUUCAGCUGCCUUCAGAACAAUGAACAAAAUGUAGUGAACUGUUCCCUUCUCUCAGACUUUAUUUAUAAAAUUUUCAGUCUAUUAUCUUACCGUAAGGGGGCAUUUUAUACAAAAGUGGAAUCAAGUAGUGGAAAACUCUUCCUGAGCUGCAGGCUACAGUUGAAAGAAUGUUCUUGCACAUAGGUAUCCAGUAUUCCAGAGUGGAUAAGCAUUUGGUUGUGCAACUGCCCACCUUCUGCCUGAUCUGAGGAUAGUCCAGGACAAGUAAAUUUACAAUUUUUUGUUGUUCUGUUUGUGUACUCUUAACAUAUUUUGAGUGGUAAAACUUCUUUUCAGGAACUCCUCAAGGGUGCCUUUUUAUUUUUAGGCCUCUCAUCUUGGUUGUUCAUGCCACCUUGCUGCCUGCCAUAUUUAUGGAUUCCAGAAUGUUUGAGAACUGUAGGCGGCUUCUCUGCUUCCCACCCCUCCAAAAUGAAUUGGAAGGUUGACCUCAAGGACUGAUGGAUGCAUGCAGCUAAGAAUAGGCAAUAAAGAUUUCUCAGGUGUCUCGCUUUUUAACUCUGCUUUUAGAUUGUCUUUAGAUAUUAACUAUGAAACGUGGUCGAAUCCCAAAUUGGAAUAUUCAUUUUUUUCAAUACACAGUUGAUAAUGUAAAUCGUUUAGAAACACAGAGUCUUGGCCUCCUUUGUGGGGAUAAUACUGUGUAGGAACUUUCAGGCAAUGAUAAGGUUCAUCUGUUGGAACCUCACUACUUAGCUGAUGUUCAUACAUCACUCCACCAUGGAGCUGUGGAACGACAUCACUGCUCCUGAGUUCCAUGCGCUGAUGUAUUCUGCAUGGCAACUUUGGCAGAGGGCAACUGUCAUCAGCUCUCAACACUGUAGAGUUAUUAGGCUCCAAUAACAUAAGAGAGAUCAGAUUAGCUUCAUUUGGCAUAGUUCAACAGUAUCAAUCCUGCAGUCCUCCUCUACUAAUGUCAGAAUGGAUCCAUGGUAUCCAGUCCAUAUCUUUCUCAAAUACUCGGAUUUUAAGUUCAACAUGUAAUUUCCCUGCAUCUGUGGUCUUUUAAGUUUACAGUGUCAAGUAGUGCCUAAUGAAGCAACCUCCCAUGACAAAUGCAUAUAUAUAAAAUACAUACAGCUGAAACAUACUAUCAAAUCUGUUAAUGGGGUGAAUUGUAAUAAUGUGAGAGAAACUUUAAAUUGCAAUUUACAGGGCAUGGGGUUUCAACUUUUUUAAUAUGUCCUUUUUGCAUAGGAAUUUGAACAAUGAGAAAUGUAGAGCCAUUUGCUUGGUUUGAUGCUACUAGAUGAGAAAAUAUGUGUGUGUUAAAAAGUAUAUUUAAAAUUCCUCUUCAAGGUCCAUUUGAAUUGACUUAUGUCUUCCAGGUUCCAUUGGGAUUUGUAUUGCUUCCCUUGAAAAAAUUAAGUAUUGUUUAUAAAAUUGUACGGAUGGGGUGGAAGGAGAAGAUAGCGCAUCAAUAGAUGAGGGUGCAGAGUUUCCUAAAUGCAUAAGUUGCAUUUUUGUUUUACAAGAAUAGGGUGUUUUACAUACAAUCCAUAUAAUUUCAUGCAUACCUUUCCUACAUAUACAUAUUAUGUAUUCCCUAAAUACUUUUUAAAAAAUAUAUAGUUGUUACUUGAUAAUUUUGUAUCUUGGCAAAGUGCCAUCCCAACCAAAUGUUACAUGGAAAGAGAAACAUGUCUGCCAUUUUGAUAUCCAUUUGUUAUAACUAGAAACACUUUUAAAAAGGGAUAUCUGCUACAGAUAUUCUUAUGAGUUGAAAUAUUUUUCAGCAUAGAACUGUUGUAAGGACAUCUAAUUAAUUAACCUGAUUUGUAAUUUCAUGAGAAUUCAUAGGGAAGUCCUGAAGACAGUGUUAUCUUACAUGCAAUAUGAGAUAUUCUGUGUAACAAAAAUGUACAGUGCAGAUAACCAAUUAUAUAUAUGGUAUAUGCUUAGAAAUGUAAAUAGCAUGCAGUGUAAUCAAAUAUGUAAAUAUAAUAUGGUGGAAAAAUAUCAGAUUCUAUACUGCAAUCGUCUGUACAUCUCAACUAUGUUAACAAACUGGUUGCACUGCUCUUUAAUUUCAUAUGGAGAAACCAUAGAGUUAUAUUUUACUUGAAAACUAUACAAUAAAAUGUAACUACUCAA